CCGUAGAGGCGCUCAGCUGCACCAUGUUCCUCCACUCAGUCAACCUCUGUAACCUGGCGUUCUAUGUCUUUAUGGUGCUUCUGGCGACCCUGGGGCUGUGGGAUGUCUUCUUCGGCUUCCAUCAGAUCAAGUGCAGCAUGAGCUACAUGUUUGAGUACCCCGAGUACCAGAAAAUAGAACUUCCAAAGAAACUGACAAAACGCUAUCCAGCCUAUGAGCUGUAUCUUUAUGGAGAAGGGUCAUACGCUGAAGAACACAAAAUUCUCCCUUUGACAGGAAUUCCCGUUCUCUUCCUUCCUGGUAAUGCUGGAAGUUACAAGCAAGUCCGCUCUAUCGGCUCCAUUGCACUUAGGAAAGCAGAAGACAUUGACUUCAAGUACCACUUUGACUUCUUCAGUGUGAACUUCAAUGAAGAACUGGUGGCAUUGUAUGGUGGGAGUCUUCAGAAGCAGACCAAGUUUGUGCAUGAAUGCAUUAAAGCAAUUCUCAAACUUUAUAAGGGUCAAGAAUUUGCUCCCACAAGUGUGGCAAUAAUUGGUCAUUCUAUGGGUGGCCUUGUUGCCAGAGCAUUGCUUACACUGAAAAAUUUUAAACAAGAUCUGAUAAAUCUUCUUGUUACUCAAGCCACUCCUCAUGUGGCCCCUGUGAUGCCAUUAGAUCGUUUCAUUACGGAGUUUUAUAUGACUGUGAACAACUAUUGGAUUUUAAAUGCUCAGCACAUAAAUUUGACUACACUUUCUGUAGCUGGAGGAUUCCGGGAUUACCAAGUUCGUUCAGGACUGACUUUUCUACCAAAAUUAAGCCAUCACACCAGUGCUUUAUCUGUUGUGAGCUCAGCAGUGCCUAAGACCUGGGUUUCAACAGACCACCUCUCCAUCGUGUGGUGUAAACAAUUGCAGUUGACUACAAUCCGAGCAUUCUUUGAUCUUAUUGAUGCCGAUACCAAACAAAUAACUCAAAAAUAUAAGAAGAAAUUGUCUGUGUUGACUCACCAUUUUAUAAGACACCCAGCUAAACAUUUUGAGGAAAGCCCAUCAAUAAUUGCUGAUCUAACAGGGACAUCUAUGUGGGUUCCAGUGAAAGUGUCCAGAUGGACCUAUGUGGCUUAUAAUGAAUCUGAUAAGAUUUAUUUUACAUUUCCUCUUGCAAAUCAUAGGAAAAUCUACAGUCACGUCUAUUGUCAGAGCACCAUGCUGGAUUCAAAUAGUUGGAUAUUUGGCUGCGUAAACAGCACAUCCAUGUGCCGGCAAGGGGUUGAUUUAUCAUGGAAAGCUGAACUGCUGCCAACAAUUAAGUCUCUGACAUUAAGGCUUCAGGACUAUCCAUACUUGUCGCAUAUUGUUGUUUUUGUGCCAUCUGUCCAUGGAAGCAAGUUUGUCGUAGACUGUGAAUUCUUUAAAAAAGAAUUGAGAUCCAUACCACUUCCUGUGACUCAUCUUUUUUCCUUUGGACUGUCUUCAAGGAAGGCGAUAUUAAAUGCAAAUGGCCUGUACUACACUUUAGAACUUCAGAACUUUGCACAGAUAUACCAAGCUUUUAAAGUCAACGUGGUAAGCAAGUGCUCUGGAAGCAAAGAAGAAAUAACUAGCAUCUAUAAACUUCAUGUUCCCUGGUCUUAUGAAGAUUCUCUAACCAUUGCACAGGUUCCGUCUUCCACAGAAAUUUCUCUGAAACUUCAUGUUGCUCAGCCGGAUAAUGUCAGCCAUGUGGCAUUGUUAAAAAUGUAUACAUCGUCAGAAUGUCAGUAUGAGGUGACAAUUAAGACUUCCUUUCCACAAAUACUUGGACAGGUAGUUCGAUUUCAUGGUGGAGCUCUUCCUGCGUAUGUUGUAUCUAGCAUUCUUCUUGCUUAUGGAGGACAGUUAUAUUCUCUCUUCUCAACAGGUUAUUGCAUAGAAUAUUCAACCAUAUUGGAUAAAGAAGCCAAACCAUACAAAGUUGACCCAUUUGUAAUUAUGACUAAGUUUUUGUUGGGGUAUAAAUGGUUUAAGGACUUAUGGGAUGCAGUGUUAUUACCGGAAUUAGAUGCCAUCUUUCUAACUAGUCAGAGUAUGUGUUUCCCUCUUGUAUCCUUGAUUCUCUUCCUGUUUGGAACAUGUACUGCAUACUGGACUGGUCUACUCUCUUCUACAUGUGUGCAGCUUCUUUCUUCACUGUGGCUAGCUCUGAAAAGACCUGCAGAACUUCCUAAAGAUAUCAAGGUGAUAUCACCAGACUUGCCUAUUAUGAUAGUUGCCUUUCUCAUAGUGAGUUGGACAACUUGUGGAGCACUUGCCAUACUUCUGUCUUAUCUGUACUAUGUGUUUAAGGUUGUCCAUCUGCAAGCCAGCCUAAUGACUUUUAGAAACAACCAGCCCGUGAAUCCCAAACACUCUAGAAGAAGUGAAAAAAAGUCCAACCACCAUAAAGACUCUUCAGUGCAAAGUCUUCGCCUGUCUGCUAACGAUGCUGAGGACAGUCUGCGCAUGCAUGGCACCGUGAUUAACCUGCUGGCAUGGGUGGUGCUACUCAGCAUGCCAUCUCUAAUCUACUGGCUAAAGAACCUGAGGUAUUAUUUCAAACUUAAUCCUGACCCAUGUAAACCCCUGGCAUUUCUCCUUAUUCCAGCUAUGGCGAUUCUUGGAAAUACUCACACAGUUUCAGUAAAGUCAAGUAAAUUACUGAAGACCGCCUCGCAGUUUCCACUUCCUCUGGCUGUCGGUGUGAUCGCUUUUGGCUCCACCCACUUAUACAGGGUUCCAUGUUUUGUCAUCAUUCCUCUUUUAUUCCAUGCAUUAUGCAACUUUAUGUAAGACUAGACUUAACAAUAGAAAUGAGUUAUGCCUUUAGGACCAGUGACACAGUGAACACAGCGCCACCAACUGGAACAGUGAGGUCCUUUGGAGAAGACAAGUCUAUUUUUACAUCGUUGGAAAUAGGAAAUUAGUUUUGUAAUGCUUGAGGAAAGUAGUUGAAGCAUGGUUUCAUUUUGUGAUGUAGCAUCUGUGUACUCAUCAUACCUGAGAAAUUAGUGAAGCGACUCCUGUACAUACUGACUAGCUCCAUCAGCCCUGCCAGGACUCAGUAGAUGCAGCGGUGUUUGUAGUGUCACGUGAAACCUCCGCUGCUUUUAUCAGACUUUCUUUUGAAAACUGGGUUUCAUAUUUGCUAUAAUUUACAUAUUCGGAAUCAGUCUUAAAAGUCACAGCUAUUUCUCAGAAGUGCAAUAGUCAUGAAGGAAUCUGGUCAGUUUUUCGCAGCCAUGGUCAACAAAGUUUGAUCUGCCAUCUUACGUCUAUGAACAAGAACCUCAAAUUGAAGGGAGACUUUGUGUUAACUACUGCAAUUCAGACUUAAAACAAUGACAUUUUCUUGAGCCUUCAAAUACGAAUCCUACUGUGCAUUCUUGGUGAAUGCAUGAGCAUGAAAGAGAUCUACCAAGAGAUCUAUUAUCAAAAGACAGUUCUUGUGGAUAGUGCAUUGGCACAGUCAGUCUCUGAUUAAAUCAGUGCUCCUGUGGUUGCCAAAAGGGCCUCUGAUGAUGAUAGAUUAUUAAAAUAACUAAAUUCCAGAGGUUGAAACAACUCUGGAUUUACAUCAUUUUUGUCUAGUGGGAAGGAGGGGUGUCAACACGAAUACAGUAUUGCACUUGAUGUACCAAACUAUGCUACUAAGAAAGGAACAGUAGGCAACCAUUACUCUGUUGGCACUCAGAGUGUGAGCACUGCCUUCCAUCACUCAGUUAACAAUGGAAUCUUGAUUGGCAGGGUUCACUCCUUAGGAUUACUGUUUGGUCAGUGGGGGUAACAUGUUAUUUUAUUUCCAAUUCUAGUUCAUUCUUAGCUACAGAAAAGCAAAAAGGCUGGGAGCUUGAAGAAUAUAGUUGUUCUUUGCCUUCACUCAAAAUAUAAACACAGGCUGAGAAAAACCUGGUUCAAGGAGCCCUUCACCUAGGCAUGUGUUCUGUAAAUGCCCAAAGCCUCUCCAGUGAGGUCCUUACCUGUCUGUGAACUCACAGUUGCACUUGUGAACUUGUGUACUUCUUAGUGCCAGGAAUGGCACUUAGGGAAUCAGUUUCAUUCUCUCUGCUGUUGCACCCGGUGCCACAGCCUCUCAGCGACUACUGCCAACCAGAGGUCUUCUCCCACUCAGUCUUUAAAGCUCACCUCACUCCCCCACAGGAGUGCUUCCUGGAUCUUUCCUGUUUCAGCAUUAGUCAAAGGGUCAUGUUAUUAUCGCAGAGACUAGUUAGUUUGUAUGGCCCCGUCACUGUCUUGACUGGCAGCAUGCUUGUUAGGUAUUUAUAUCUUCACUUACUAAGACUCUUCAAGGAAAGCCGUUAUACAUGACAUGGCAGACAUUUUACUCUCUUGUUUCAGAAUCCUGUCAAAUGGAGUAAACUAUACCAUAGUGUUUAUUCAGUAUCCGAGAGUGAGUUCAUUAGAUAAUACAGUUUUCUUAUGGCAGACCUCUCAUCUGACUAAAUGGGGAUGUAGCUGCUUAAAUUUUGCCCGGCAUGCACAACCUCUACGCACAUGCCAUCUUUCUAUCAGUGAUACUGCAGAUGUGUCUCAACUUAAUGGUAACUGAAUACUUCCUGAAUUUGAACAUACAUCUACAAAGAACUUUACAAACAUUUGGAGUUAGUUUUAUAGCCAUGGCUAUUUAUGAGAUCUAAAGUCACCCUGCUUAGUCAGUACUACUCAUGAGGAAGAUGUCGCAAGUUUGAUUUCUUACUCGUGAGUAGUUCAUACGUUAUUAAAGCACAUUGUCUGAAAGUACUUAUUCCCGAGCCCUAAGUCUUAUUUACUUCACCAUAAUAUUUCAAAUACUAGUGGUCUGGGUCUUUGGCCAUUUGCCGUUCACACUCACAGAUACUCACUCACACGUAAACACACAUGGGCCUGCUUUGACAGAAUCUUCAUCGAGUAUUUAGACCCAAGAAGCUAGGUAGAGUUUCUGAUCAUGAAAAUUGCUGUCCCUUAAGAAAAGGAAAUUCCUUUAUCUCAAUAUCACUUGCUUUGAUCUAUCAUGCAUAUUAUUAUCAUUGUCCUAUUACCAGUUUUACUAGAAUUGGCAGCUAAGUUAGACAUUAAUACAUCAAAUUUUGAGUUCUAUUCUAAGAAAUUGAGUUUUUGAGUAAAUGGUGUACUUAUUAAACAACUGAAUUCUUGCUAGUAAAUAGAUUGGGUAUACAUUAGACAGUUAAGAACACUGAAUUCUAGGUUUAUCGGAAACACCCCACAGAAUUAUUGUUAUUGUAAUUUAGACCUGAUGUUUUUAAAGAUUAAUUUUUGUAUAUGUGUGUGUCUAUGUACACAUGUAUGCUGGUGCUCAUUUUGGCCAGUAGAGGGCAGUGGAUACCCUGGAGCUGGAGUCAGGUGGUUGUGAGUUGCUGGACAUGGAUGCCAGGAACCAGAACUCAAAUCCUCCAGAGCAACCACACUCUUGACUGAGCUAUCCCUCCAGUUCCUGGACCUGAUAAUGUGACAGAGCUUUCUAUCACUUUGUGUAUAUAUAUGCAUGAGCACCCCCAGGGAUUGAAUCCAGAGCUUGUGUUUACUAAUUAUGUUCUCUUCUGUUGAGUUAUACAAAAUAAAUUCUACUUUUUUUUUCUUGGUUACCACCGUAAUGAAAACUUUUAGAACUGUGUGGUUCUAAAGAAACCAUUUAUGCUUAACACUGAUGUUUGAGGUGGCCUAAUAUGUAUUAAUCAUGUAUUUAUUGGUCUUUUACUUCUUUUUAUAUUUUAGUUAUGUAAUUUCAGCUGUCUAUAAAGUGAUGCUUUUUUAAAGUUUUGGGUACUUUUUUUUUUGAGACAAGGUUUCUUUGGUAGCCUUGGCUGUCCAAGAACUAGCUUUUUAGACCAGGCUAGCCUUGAACUCACAGAGAUCUAUCUGCCUCUGCCUCCCAAGUACUGGGAUUAAAGUGUGCUACCACCACCCAACAAAUGGAUACCUUCCUUUUAUUGAAUGAACUAUAAUAGUAUCUAUAUAAUUAUACAGUAAAGAAAAAGAAAUAACUCCAGGAGGUAGGCCUGCUGAAUAUUUGCUACUUAUUAUGUUGUCAUGCCUGUGGCCAUGACACAUUUUCACAAUGCUCACAAAUUUGUACAAAACAGAUUGUCUUAUUUAUUACCAAGUCCCCGUACUCUUAAAAAACUCUAUUUAGACUUUUCACUUACAUCUUGAUGUACAGCGUGCACCUUCUUAAUACCUCUUAUGGAAAAUGAUGGAGUGAAAUAAGGGGAAGUAGAACUCGGCAGUUCUUGAAAGCUGCAGGGGGAAUAUGGUGGUUCAGAUGGUGAAGUACCUGCCAUGCAAGCGACCAGGACCCGAGUGCAAAUCCCCAGAAUCCACAUGAGCAACCAGCUGAACAGUGUGUUCCUGUAAUCCCAGCUCUGUGUGGUGGAAACAGGUAGAUCUGGGGGUCUGCUGGCCAGCCAGCCUAGCCAAAUUGGCAAACUUAUGUUCAGUGAAAAACCUUGUCUCAAAAACUAAGGUGGAGGGUAAUUGAGGAAGAUUUCUAGCAUUGGCCUCUCCCUGCACUUGCAUGUGUACUCACACACAGGAGCACACACACAGACAUGUACACACAUGAAAACACAAAACAUACUUAAGUGGCGGAGAUCCACAAAUACCAUGAAGUAAACUAGGGUUGUUGGUUCCAGAAUCAUGGGAUAAAUCAGAUGGCCUGUAUUUCUUUCCUCAGACAUCAGGUCUGAAUUAAUGUAUUGCCUUGUGUUUUUUUUUGGUUAGAUGCAAAAAUCACUUUAUUUUGCAUUUGAACAUUUAGAAGGUGGUUUUUAAAAAAUCAUUUAGGAUAGAUCCAAGAGUAUACUGAAGUGUUGGACAGUUAGGUUUUUGUUUUGUUUUGUUUUGUUUUUUUUAUCUGUGUGGACAAUUUGUGAAUUUGUGUAUCAUAGGAAACAGGAGGCACUGUGAAGUUUAUUGAGGGUCACACACAACCCAUUUGGGGAGUAUGACACUUGCAGGAAUAAAGGGAGCAAUGAAAGUUCCUGUGUUUGUGAUAUUAGUUCCUGCCAGGAAAGCUUCCAUACCAGAGGAAAUAAAUCUAGGACUCACUCUACUAACUGUAAGAUGGAGAGCCGGAAUUUUAUUGCAGUCUUUCUGAACAAGGAGCAUGUAUAACUCUAUGAUUAUCUUCUUUUUCAUCAUUAAUGAGGAAAUAAGAAAGCCCUGGAGGACCUCACGUUCCCAACUUUCUAUAGGAUUAUAGGAAAUGGGAGUCAGAUCGGCAGUUCAAAGAUGUACUAUAAAUGCACAAACCGCUUCAUUUUUAAAAUCUAUUGUGAAUAAAUAAAAACAGACUUUUACAUGGAAAUGGUGAAAAUAGGCAUGCUGUUACUCUUCUAAUACUAUAACUGUAACAGUGCAGCUGGGUGGUGAUGCGCGCCAGAGCUGGCAACAUCCAAGCUACAGCUUGAUUAAACUCUUUGUGAAUAAUAAUUAUAAAUCAAGAACAGUUUUCUUUAAGUGUUUGGCAUGUUAUGCUGCCAAAAAAAAAAAAAAAAAACAUCUGGAAUACUCAGAAACCAGUUAAUUUCUGAUGACUAUAUAUAAAAUUGGUGUCUUGAGUCAGAAUCAACCUGUAACCAUUAUGUACAUUGUCAGUUUGAACAUCAGUGAGAAACUGUAUCUGUUGCUGUUAGAUUAGUUAGUGUAAAGUUUGUGUAUCUGAAUUCUAAUCUUAGUCUAGGAAGCCUACAGGCAGCCGUUUUGUAAAGUUCAUAUGCUAUUUCAAAUGUUCUUUUGACUUUCAGUAUUUGUAGGGUAGUGAUGUUACUAUGACAAAAGCUUAUAGACACUGGGUAGCACUAACUACUCCAGACCCUAGCGGCCAGUGUAUUUUGUAUUUCAUGUGCAUCUGUUCUGUUUUAUAUUGGACUUUUUACACCCCCUUUUUUUUGGGAGAAUAAAGAUUCAUUUGAAUCCUUUUUAGCAUAAUCGGCAUUGGAAACUAUUAAGUAUUCACAUGGGUAGGAAAACAUACUCUGCCACCAAAGCUAAAUGAAACUGUAAAAUACCUCUGGAUAUUUGUGCCAAGGAGCUUUUCUUAGUAUAUUGGGUUAAGACAAAAGUAAUCUUUUCAGUAUUUUUCAUCUAGACUUACAAUAAAUGUGUAUAUUGUGAAAACAUUCCAUAUUUUAUUUUUCUUUGAAAAUGUUCAAAGCUUUAGAAUAGUGUGUUCUAUUCUGUCUGGUUUCCUGACAUUGCUGGGUAAAACAUUAAUUCACUCAGUAGCAAUCUUUCAGCGGUUAAUUGAAAUAAUCUGUCUUUUGUCUUAUUUUUCAAAAAAUGAAUUGCUUUGUACAGUACGUUUUUGGUAUAGGUGUCUCAUUUAUAUACCUGAAAGCUUGCCCUGUGGGGUUUCUUUUGUUUUUUGCAUGUUUUGUUUAGUCCCAAGGGUUUAUCUGCUAGACCUAACAUAGUACAGUGAAGUAAACCUCUUAACAUGUACAUCUUGUAUCAAACACUAUGAAAUACAGUUGUUAAUGAAAAAACAUUAGCAUUGCUACAGCAUUAGACAAAACCAGAAAUAUAAUAGGCCCAGAAGCUCCUGUGGAUUUGUAUGAACUCUAGUUCCUCCUCAUAGGAAUGUCAUGGAAAUCCUGGUGUUUCGUUUUAGUUUUCCUUACCAUUUUUUUUUUUUUUACUGCUUCUUUGCCCAAUACAGUAAUGUAGUUGGUACACUUUCAUAAGUUAGCCUCACAAGUGAAGGAGUGCAGAAAGCCAGGUUUUGAAAUAUUUGGUCUUGAUCAAGUAACAGUUACCUAACUGCUGGGGACUGUGGAUAGAUUAGUAGAUAGGUGGCUUAUGAGAGCUGGCUUCAGGAUGCUGUGUCCUCUGGAAGGAAUUUGUCCUCUGUGUGCAUUGGCCUUAGCCUAAGUAGGAGAUGCCUGUCCUUAGCAUAAGCAGGCUAUGCUUGGAGAAAUGUGCAUGGAGAAAUAGGUGUUUGUCAGGGUACUAGUACAAAUACCCUCACCCUCCCCAAGGUGGGGUUGGAGAGAAAUCUUCAUUUUUAUUGUCUAUAAAUUAGGAAGUUGUGUUACAUAUUUGUAUUUUUAAAAAAUGGGAUCUGAUGUGUUUCAUUUUGAAGUGAUACUGUGGUUUCUUACACUUAGGACUAACUGUAAAUGUAGCAUUGUGCCCAAGAUAAAACAGACCAAAACUGAGUAUGUAUCAUCACUGUGACCUUGAACUUAUUUGGGGUAGAACAGACUGUGCCUUAAAAUGACAAACAAUGCCCUGCAAUUUUGUCACUGUAUAUUUUACUAUGGGUGGCCUUCUCAAAUUCAUCCAAAACCUUUUCUUUUGAGGUAUGGAAACAGCAGUUGUAAGUACAAAUUGCCACACACUUCCUUUAGUAGUCACACAGCUGUUGAUCCUCAGGCCUCCCUCGAUUUCCAGAGCUUUUCACUGUUUGAUUUUUUUUAUUUAAAAUUGAUUUAGUCUUAAUAUAUCUGAAAAAUUAGGUUUGGCUAAAGUUUUUUUGGGGGGGAAUAUUUUAAGGAAUAGUCACGGCACUUCUGUUUCUAAACUUAUUGAAUAUGGAAAAAUUAAUCAUCAAAAUGUAUUUUGUCUUGUUGAUAAUAACCUUGUCAAAGAUGUGAGUUCCUUCUAAGACUUGUGCUCAGUGUUGUGGCAGAUUGAGACUUGUAUGUAUAUUCUCAAAUAAGCGUUAUUAACCCAGUAAUGAUUUCCAGUGGCUAAACUCAAAUCAAUGUAGUUUUUUUAAACAUUACUGUUUUCCUCUUUUUUUUUCUUGCCUAAUUGUUUUAAUGGUAUCGGGAGAAUUAGCUCCUCUGUUUUUAAUUUAGUGUAAAGUCUUGCAUUUCUACUGUGCUUAUUUAAAAUAAUGAGUAUGAGUUCCAUUAAAGUCCAGAUGUCUCAAUUUAUAGUAUAAUCAUGUUCUUUCCUAGAGAUGCCCACAUUCCUGUGUGCUCACUUCCUUGUUUAUUUUUACAUGUUGCUUUUGGGCAUAAACUCAAUGUAUUUCUUUUGUCCUAUUUCACCUCCACCACUCCUGUUAAAAUUUUUUGUUUGGAUAAGAAUCUCUUGAAAAUAUGUAGAAAUGACAAUACAUCUUUCCUUAAAGCCCGGUAAAAUUGACUACAAAGUUGUAUAGACAAGGGUGCAUGGUCAAGAGGUUCUCAGCUGCCAUCAGCUUUCACCUUACAGUUACACGUUUAGAGUACAACUGCUUGUGGCUGCUGAGGGAGACUUGGUAAAGUUCUCAUUUAUUUGCCUACUAAUUUUGUUCUCAUCUGUAAAGUCUAAUGUACAGUAACAAUACUUAGUGCAAGGAGCGUGUCCUAAAGCGUGUACUGAAAACCAUGACUGCAGUGCAGAUCUUCCCUCGGAACAUGCAUGCUCUUCUCCAGUGCGUUGUGCAGUGUGUAGUGCACUAAAUACAUGUGUGUGUAAUUUUCUGUGUAGUUUUGGUGUGGUAUAAUUAACAAUGUUACAAUUGAACCGGUUGUGAUUUGGGGGAACGUGCUGCUUAUUGUAGUUUGUACAGUGUUGUAAAUUUUUUACCUGUGUUCCAACAUUAUGAUGUAGUUUUAUUAGGUGAGUAUUUGCUUUUCGUCUCCGCUCAGGUAUUAACGCAUAGCAAUUUUUGGUGCUUUGUUUUUAGUUUGUCAUAACCUGGUGUUCUGAAUGUCCAAAAAUAAAUUUGGUGAAUAAGCACA